AAGCUCCCCGAGAAUUUGGAGUCAAAGUUACAAAGAAUACCAUCACUAUGUUCUGCCUUACGCACUAGACUUUGCAACGACUACUCCAAUUUUAAUCCUACCGAAGGGGAAACUCCACACGAUCGUCUACCACUUGUACGUGAUCCUACCCUAGUACGGGCUGCCCAGCUAGCUAUUUUAAAUCUUCGAGAUCAUGCCAGAAAGAAUGCGUCUUUAGAUCCCCGAGACAGAAUACAGCAAAUUGUUGAAGUCUUCGGCGGCAUCGAACAUAGAUUUCGCGAGAUUUUGAAGAUUAGACUUCUCAAAAAUUGUCAAUCGGCGGUCCAACACCAACACGAAGAGUAA